UAGAAUUGAUCAGCGACAGUAUGGCAGACCUCUACUCCCGGAUCUCUUUCCUGCUCGUCAUAUAUUUGGAUGUCUGCAAAUUCCAAAGUUUGAACCUGGCUCUGAAGAAACCAGCAUGGAUGAGCAGCGUGAAUAGUUUACGCGAAAUCGCUGCUAAUGCUGUCGACGGCAGCCAUGGAACCGAUAUACGCGACGGUGUCUGCAGUCACACUAACUUUGGUGACAUGUCGCCCUGGUUUGUUGUGGAUCUCCUGGGGCAGUACAGUGUCCACAACGUCACCAUCUACAACAGGGGAGACUGCUGUGGGGAAAGACUCCAUGACUUUGUAAUCCAGGUGUAUGUACGAAAUCCAUCGCGAUGUCCAUCAGCAGCUUUCUCCAUCUGUAAGAACUACACUGGCACGUUUGGUUCCAUGGGGAACAUAGCAUGUGAUGCUCCGGUGUUUGGAAGGUUCAUCAGACUGUGGAAACCGAAAAUCAGAGGCAAAGCGGAUGUUCUCAACUUCUGUGAACUUGAAGUGUAUGGAGUACAGCCAGGUAGGACGGCCUAUAUAAAUAAGUCACAUCUUAAAAAGCCAUUGAGGUUCCGAAAUCAUAUUGUAAUUGUCAAACAUAAAGACAUAAAAUUCUUUAUCUCUGCAUCCGUUGUAAUAUGCUGCUAUCAGCCCACUCAUCUUGCAUCAAUACACGGGCUGUGUACUCGCGGGCAGAUGACAACGGAGUCCUCUGAUCACUAUUCCGACUCUAUAGUUUUCUGA